AUGGAUGAAAACUCGGCUGUGCAGUAUUUGGAAGCCUUGAUCGGUCGCACCCUCCGAGUGCACGCGACAGACACGCGAAUCUUUGUGGGCAUCUUCAAGUGUACAGAUGCGGCCCGAAAUAUCAUCCUUGCCAACACCCACGAGUACCGGUAUCCGUCCCCCUCCGCCGUCCGAGACGCGGCCACGAAUGCGGAAGAGCUAGCCGCAGAAAGCGCGGUGACCGCGCAGAAUAUCAAGGUGUCCAUGACGAGUCGGUUCAUCGGGCUUGUGGUCGUCCCUGGUCAACAUAUUACCAAAAUUGAGUUGGAGGAGCCCUCGCAACAGGGUCGCGUGCGGGACACUCUCAGGUCAUAG